AUGGCAGCGAAGAAGGGUGGAGGAUGGGGCUCCGUCUUCUCCAGCGCCGUAGCAGGCCUCGAAUCCCGUCUGGACACCAUCCUCGCCGAAGAUAACGAGGCGUCGGCAAAGGCUCGCGCGGAGAGGGAGGCUCACAAGACGCUAGGCGUCCCCGCGGCGCCUUCGGACAACAGAGAUGCCCGCACCCGUGCGAACGACAGACUGGCGGAGCGAUUGGCCAAGGUUACGGCCGCCAAAGCAUCCCCCCGAAAUCAAAGCCCUGCGAAGCCCAGUCCUCGCCCCAGUCAGGAUGGUAAAGAGGUCGAUAAGCAAGAGGAAGAGGCUGCGACUUUGACAGAAGACGUGGCUGUGGAGGUCAAGGAAGAGCGCCCAGAUGUGGCGUCGUCUGUGGAACAAGAGCAGGACGACGUGAAAGAGGAGCACUCCGCCAUCCCACCCAUCACUCUACCCCUCCGACCGUCCGUGGAGAGCAGCGCCCGACCAUCAAUCGACAUUCCCCGAUCCGAGGUCUCCUCCCGUCCCUCCACCGAAUUCGCCAAUGGCAGUCUGCCUAAAUCAAGCAUCGAACUACAAGCAGCCCUGGGCCAACAGCGGGAAGAAAUGCACAUCUACCUGGAGAAGAUCGAUGCUCUCCAAGCCAAGCUCACGUACCUCGCCCAACAAACUGUCGCUGCGGCGAAAGAAGUCAACGCUUCAAGUCCUGCCGGCAGCCAGGAAGGCAAACUGGCGGAGAAGGACGAACAGAUCGCUCAGCUCAUGCAAGAAGGAGAGAAGCUGAGCAAAGCCGAGUUGAGACAUUUGCAAACCAUCAAGAAGCUGCGGCUCAAGGCCACGGAGGAGGAGAAAAUGGGGACUGAGACGAAGAGGAAGCUGGAGAGAGCUGAGCAGGCGGAGAAGGAGUUGAAGCAAAAGCUGCGGAGGGCGGAGGUUGCUGAGCGGCAGGCGAGCGACAAGGCGAAGCAGAUCUCGGCGAUCGAGAAGCAAGUUGAUGAGUUGAAAGUCGAUCGCGAGAAUGCUUCCGAGCUGGUACGGAGCCUCACAACUCAAUUGAAGGAGGCGAAGGAGCAUGCCGAGCGAGUUGAAAGAGACGCCAAAGAGAAAGUAAACGAGGCCGACAAGGGACGCAUCGCAACGCUUGAAAACGAUUUAGAAGACGCGCAGAUCGAGCGCAAGUUGGCCGAGACUCGUGCGGAGGCGGAAGUCAAGAAGAUCCGCGAGGACCUCGAGGGGCAGAAGCAACGCUUCUCCGUCCGCGAACUGGAAUUAAAGAAUGAGAUGAGCAGCCUCGAGACAAGAGUGGAGGCUAUGCGCUCGCGAGCGGAGGAGGCGAGUGCGGAUGGUGGUGUUAGUGGUGAGAGCAGCAUCAAGUUGUUAAGACAGGUGGAGACGCUUCAGAGUCAGUAUGCUCUUGCGAAAGAGAACUGGGAGACUAUCGAGGGGUCCUUGAAUGCCAGGCUGGUGGCUCUCGAAAAGGAGAGGGACGAAUCCGGUCGACGAGAGACGGAGGCCAGGAAGCGAGCGAGGGAAGCUGCUGUGCGGGCAAGGAAGGCGGAGGAGGAUGGGGAGAGCGAGAAGGAGAAGACGCGAGAUCUGGAGGUGGACAUACGAACUCAGAGAGAAGAGUUGGAGUCGCUUAGGUCGAAGCUGGAAAGAAGUGAAAGCAGCCAGACCGAUGCCAAAGCAGAGCUCGAACGUCAAAAACAGCAGCUCGAAUCCGAAUUCGCGCAAAGACUCGAAGACGAAAGGAUAAAGUGGCAGCAGAAUCAAGCGCUCUCCGCUGCCGCCCUGCCGCCGCAGACGCCGACAUCCCCUCUCACGUCCCGCAAGGCCUCAAACCACUACGACACGCGCCGCCCACUGUCCCGAAUGGUAACGAGCGAACUCACCACCCCUCAAUACACUCUCGACUCCCCCCGCCCCGUGAGCAGAAGAAGCUGGACCAGCGCCUUCUCCCCUCAACCCAAACUCUCCCCGCAACAACCCAGCCCACCCGUCCUCAGCCGGCAAGAAAGCACCUUCUCCCUCGACCGCAACAACAGCUUCCCCAUCCAAACCCCCACCAUCGAAAUCGACACCCAUGACCUCGCCCCAGACGAGGCCUUCGAGAUGCCCCCCGCGCCAGACACGGGUCCGCAAUCGCCCGAUUUCAACGGCGCCACUUUCGCCGAUCUCGUGUCUACUUCUACCGCUCCUACUUCUGGGCCGUCGGUGCAGCUUAUGGAGCGCAUGUCUGCUCUUGUCCGGCGCUUGGAGACGGAAAAGGCGGCAACGAAGGAUGAGUUGCAGCGUCUCACGUCGCAGCGGGACUCGGCGCGCGAUGAGAUUGUGAGUUUGAUGCGCGAGGUGGAUGCCAAGCGUGAUGCAGAGGCGACGAUGAAGAGGGUGGAGGGGGAGAUGAAGGUGUUGGAGGAGCGGUAUGAGGCUAGCUUGGAGAUGUUGGGGGAGAGGGAGGAGGAGGCGGAGGAGUUGAGGGGGGAUGUGAGGGAGUUGAAGCGCUUGUAUCGCGAGUUGGUGGAGGAAAAACUGGGGUCGGGGAAACCGGCGGCGAGAUAG